UCCUCGGGCAACUUCAAAUCACAUGACUUCGCGGAACACCUGAACGCCUCAUUGUAAUGAGCUGUCACCAGUCUGGUUGCAAACGUGCUCAAUCAACAUGGGAGGCAAACCGUCGAAGAAGAAAGAGGGUAAAAUAAAAACAACCAGUGCGCCUCCAGACUCCCAGGAACCGCCAUGUGAAGAAAGUAUUAAAGAAAGGGACAGUUGGUUAAGUGACGAGGAGGAGAAGUGUUACGACCCCGGAGACCCCACGCUUCAAUUUGUAGACGGGGAGGAUGAAAUGGACUUUUUGUGUAUGGACUACAAGUCCCUCAGAGCGAAGAUGCCGGGCUGCGGUCACGCUGUUACUCCGAUGUCUCUGACCGAUCACUGUCGCAGGCUGCUGGGAGAGGGCAAGUGUGAAUUUGCGUGCGGCCAAACUAACUGUAACGUUGAGUGGUCCUUCGACGAGGUUUCUAAGAUGGCUCUCCUGACUCCUGAUGAGGUGGAAGAAUUCGAAGAGAAAAUAUUCCACAACGCUGCCAAGAAUUUCUUGGACAUCAAACAAUGUCCUGGUUGCAAGUCUCGUGUGGUGAGAAAUAACCUCUCCAAUCUGAAUGUAGAGUGCUCAGUGUGCACAGCCAGCAAGAGAAGGACUUACAGGUUCUGCUGGCAGUGUCUGAGGGAAUGGAAAGGUCGGGCUCCUCGCUCAGACCGCUGUGACAAUGACGGCUGCCCAGAUCCUUUGGAGACAUUGAAAAACUGUCCGGACAUCGUCUUCAAGGACGUGAAGGGGGUCGACGGCUGUCCCUGCAUCCGAGCCUGUCCCACCUGUGGCAUGCUGGUGGAGCAUAACAAAAAACAGUGUAAAAGCAUGGUGUGUCCCCGGUGUAAGGUGAAAUUCUGCUUCGUGUGCCUGACAAAAAAGAAAGACUGCCUGCUGUACAGCGCAUACGGCCCCUGCCCCACCGGUGUAGCACCCAGACAGAGAUCUAUACCUGUGUGGAAGAGGACCUAAUUCUGUUUAUUUUACACUGUGAACUAAACCAAGCACAACCUUGUUUCUUUUUUUUUUUUUUUGAAAAACUGUCUUCAUUAUGCCAGUAAUCAGAAGUGUUAUUACUCAGACAGGAGCCCAACCCAAGUAGCUUUCAGUAACAGUCAAGAUUCUGAGAUAUGUUUUGCACUUGUUUGCACUUUGUAAAAGCAUUUCUUCUUCGGCGUUCAUCCAAAUUUGGUGCGAGUCAUCUCGCUUUAACUUCUAAAGUUAUCUCAGAUUCAUUCAAAUAUCUAUUAUAUAUUUAUUCAACAUGUUAAUUUCAAAUUUGGUUCUGUUAUCUUUUAAAAUUGUAUAAAUCAUUUGCUUUUUUUUGUUUUUGUCUUUCCCCCAAAAUAACAUUGAUGUUAUUCCUGUAAAACAAAAUUAAAAAACAAAAACAAAAAAAAACAAAAAACAU